UGCGGCGCGCUUAGUUUCAGUAGACUGUCUCUCCCGCCAUCUGCGGGUGUUGUAGAGUGAUCAUGGCGGACGUCAUGGAGCUGCCCAGAUCUCGCGUCAACGCUAGUAUGCUAGCACAGUUCAUCGACCGGCCCGUCUGCUUCGUGGGGAGGCUGGAAAAGAUUCAUCCCACUGGAAAAAUGUUUAUUCUUUCAGAUGGAGAAGGAAAAAAUGGAACCAUUGAGUUGAUGGAACCUCUUAAUGAAGAAAUUUCUGGUAUUAUAGAAGUAAUUGGAAGAGUAACAGCCAAGGCAACCAUCAUGUGUACAUCUUAUAUCCAGUUUAAAGAAGAUAGCAGUCCUUUUGAUCUUGGACUUUACAAUGAAGCUGUGAAAAUUACCCAUGAGUUCCCCCAGUUUUUUCCUUUAGGUAUUCUGCAACAUGAUUGAUCUAGAUGAAUUUACUUACAUUUGCAAAUAAGCUACGUUGGAGACUGUCUUAAAGGAGGCCUCUUUGAGAGAGAAUCCUGUGGUUUCUUAAAGUUUAAUUUGUUCUUUUUUAAAUUUCAUUUACCUAAUUGUAGUUUUCCUAAUUUGCAGCUUUUGAUGGAACUAGUAUAUUGAUAAUUCUCACCUAAGUUCUUUUAUAAAGAAUUUCUUUUACAGGAUAUAGUCAGAGUAGUUACAAGAACAAAGCCAUUGUCUGAGUUUAGGUUUCUGUUUUAUUAAUAAAAAUUUAAAUCAUA